AUGACUCCCCUCCGUGGUCUCCUUGUUGCCCUCGCGGGGCUGUCGGCCCUUGCGGCUGGCGCACCGUGUACCAAGCCGGCACAGCGCUUUGCGUGGCACAAGCUGAGCAACGAGACAAAGCUCGAAUACAUCAAUGCGGAGCUGUGUCUGAUGAAGAAGCCGGCGCGGCUCGGGCUUCCUGGCGCCAAGACCCGGUUCGACGAGCUCCAAGCGAUCCAUCAGCUUCAAGCGUGGGCGACGCACUUUGUGGGAGCCUUUCUCCCCUUCCAUCGCCUCAUGAUGCUCGCCCACGAGACUGCUCUGCGAGACGAGUGUGGGUACAAGGGAUACCAGCCGUACUGGCAAGAGCAGCUGGACGCGGGCCGCUUCGCCAAAUCGGUCGUCUUCGACCCGGUGCACGGCUUCGGCGGCAACGGGCGGCGCAGCGACGGCUGUAUCACGGACGGGCCCUUUGCCAACUACACCAACUCGCUCGGCCCCGGCUACCAGGUGACGAACCACUGCAUCGACCGGGCCAUCAACGACUUCAUGAGCCUAGGAUCCUCGCAGGCGAGCGUCGACAACUGCCUGCGCCAGGAGUCGUGGAACCGCGCCUGGAACUGCAUCGAGGGCCAGCCGCACGGCGGCGGCCACGGCGGCGUCGGCCGCCAAAUGCUCAACCCCAUCUCCAGCCCCGGCGACCCGCUCUUCUACCUGCACCACACCUGGCUCGACAAGCUGUACUGGGACUGGCAAAAGCAGAAUCGGGCCGUGCGGACCUCGACCAUCAGCGGCGGCAAUAUCGGCGUCGAGCGGGCCAACGGGUUCAACAUCCGGCCGCCGGGCAUGCCAGCUCCCACCGGCGCCGACGGCGACCCGGGCACCGAGACGACGCUUGGCCAUGUGCUCAACAUGUUUGGUAAUUCCCCCAACAAGACAAUCGCGGACGUGCUGAACAUCCAGGGAGAUUAUCUGUGCUACGAAUAUGUCGAGCCCUGAUCGAGAGGUGGCCGUCGACAGGCAGCGGGCUGUCGGGAUCAAUUUGGAAGGUAGAAAUGAC